UUUUGUGUGCGGGGCGGAUGGCCAUGUCGGGAAGAGUGAUGUGCCAUGGAAGAUCACAAGGAUGAGGUGGGCGCAGUUGAAUGGAUUGCGCUUGAUGUUCAUGACGGUGGCGAUUCGGCGGAACAUGCCGAAGUGAUAGGUCUAUCGCAGACGGCCAAAGAAGCCAAGGCGAGUAUAGACUUGACUGCAUCACAGGCGCUUGCCCCCGUCACAGUGGAACUCGAUGACGAAGAAACUGUCGUGGAAACGCGGCCGGUGGUGCUGUCGGUGCCGUCGGUGCCGGUGAAACCUAAGGUGAAGAAAAAGAAGAAAAAGAAGACGACGACCAGUUCCGAUUCCACGGAGACGUCUUCGACGAAGAAGAAGCGCAAGGAGGUGAACUUUGGAAGCCAGCAGUGCCAGCAGGUGGACAAAGAUGCAAAGCGAAAGCUGGCAGAGGAAGCCGCGCGACGCUGGCAAGAGAGGGAUGACAAGUUGGAAGCCAGCAUUCGUGUUGUCGAGCAGCGAGGAGCCAAAGCGGCCGCAGAAAAGGAGGCCGAGAAGCAGCGGAAGGAGAAAGAGCGGCAGCAACGCUAUGAACGGCAACGUCUCCGUCAUCGCAAGGCUUCACGGUCGCGCUCCCGGCGGCGCAAACGUUCGCGGUCCUGACGUGGUGACCGCCGUGUCCAGUGAAA